AUGAAUAAUAUCAGAAUUACUGAAUCCAACCAACACGAAGCGAGCAGCAAUAAAGAACUGCAACAGGACUAUGCAUCACUGAAAGCUUUCAUUCAUGCAAAAGAUGUCUAUCAUCAACAGCUGUCCAAUGACGUAAAACGAGAUAUUCGACAUCUCAUUACAAAAUUGUAUCGUCACUUUUCCAACCUCGAUGCAUACACUUCUACACUUCAACAACUUACUCGUAAACACUUGGCUCUUCAUUUCACAUGGAACACAUUCAUCAAGGCAAUCCAACAAGAGAAUGCAAAUCUCACUGCAAAUGAAAUUGAAACUCUUGGUCGACUCUUCCUUCAACAUGGUAUCAUGGCUCCUUCCAUGAAAAAGAAACAGCAUGCAUUGUCACAACAUGAGAAGAAUUCCUCUCAAUGGGUUCAAUCGUUGAAAGAACAAGAAACUCCUCUUCGAUUUUUGCAACCCUUUCUUCCACGAAUGAUUCUAUUGGGAGGUGGAGAUUGUGGUAUUGGAUGUGCUAAAAAUCUUUCUCAAUACUUUUCACUCAUCAUGAUUGAUCGCAGUGACACUUACUAUGUGAAACCUGCCAUGGCUUUUAUUUUGGAAGACGCUCAAAAGUAUUUGAAACGAGUGUGUUUGCCCAUAAAAGAUAUUAUGGAAGAUUGUGGAAUUUUCAUCCAAGGAGAAGUACAACAAGUCACUGAACAGGGAGUUUACUUGACAAUCAUGCAAAAGGAUCAUCACUCGGAAUGGGAUCAUCUCUUUGAUGAACCACCCAACAAGAAUGAAAUUGUCUUGUCAAGUGACAACACGAUGAAAUUAGAGUCUGUGUCUGUGGAAAAUUGUCAUUAUUUAACCUAUGAUUAUUUGGUGGUUGCGACAGGAACUUGUCUUUCUAAAAACACAGCUCUUCCCAAAAUGCUUUCUCAAGAAAGUACACGCUCUCCCAACAAUCAUCCUCAAGAUGGAGAGGACAUUCAACAGCAAGGUAUGACCUGUGUUGAGAAUCAAAUCUCAUUCAUUGAUGCCUAUUCUCCAACCGAUAUUGUUCAUGCCACUCAAAUUCUAAACCAAUUGACCAAUUCUGAAAAAACAGUUCUUCUCGUAGGUGGAGGUUAUAUUGGAGUUGAAUUUGCAUGCGCCCUCUCACAGUCGUAUCCUCAUCUUCAAUUUAUUCUUGUACAGCGAUCACACAUGUUGAUGAGACCAUUCACUCGAGCUCAUGAAUUCGUAUCACGAAAAAUUGAAAGCAAAUUUCAAAAGAAUUUGAAAGUAUUAUUGAACAGUCAAGUGAUUGGACAGAGUCAACCAAAAACAUUGAUCAUUGAGACUCGUCGACAAGCACAUGACACGAGUAGUGUUCAACAACAAGAAAUUACGUGUUCUCUAUGUUUUAUGUGUUGUGGAUUUAAACCAAAUUCAGAAAUGAUGAAACCAAACUUUUCUCAUGCCUUGAAUUCCAAUGGUUACAUUCAAGUGAAUUCACAUUUUCAAGUAUUAAGGUCGAGCCAUGCGCAUUGUGCAUUGUAUUACCAAAAUAUAUUUGCAUUGGGUGAUGUCAACACUUUGGAUCAAGACAAGUUAUUGAUUCAUGGCCUCCGACAAGUAGAAGUAUUUACACAGAUUGCGAAACAAGUCUUGUUGAGGAAUUUAUUGAGAACUUCAAAGAAGAAGAAGGAGGAGGAGGUUGAUGAUGAACAACAAUUAGUAGACACCACCGAGGACCUUCCUUCCUACAUGGAAAAUACUCCUCAUAAAAUCAUUUUGAUGAGUUCCAAGUUGGGAUUUAUGAUGCGAGGGGAGAAGGUCUUGUUUUCUUCUUCUCUCUUGCCCAAAAUGAAACACUUUCUUCAGAAGAAGGUGAUUAAAGAAUACAAGAAGAAGAAGUAA